AUGCCUCUACGAUGAAGGUUUUUAUCAGCAUAUUAUUAUCAUUGGGUCUUGCGUUAUGUGAAGUUCCACCCCCAUAUCCUCCAAGAGGAUUUAGACCCAGUCCGCCAUUCAACUUGCCCAUUCGACAACCUCAGACAUCGUAUGGAGUUCCUCAAGCAGUACCGUCGAAAAUAUCUCAAGCAGCUCCACAAAUUCAGUAUGGUGUUCCUAAUCAACAAGGAUCAAGUUCAACUCCCAUUUUGACUCCAAACUUCAAUUCCAAACAAACAGUUCCCAGCACAUCGUAUGGAGUUCCAGUAACAACUAGUCCUUACAGGACAAUUAUAAGCGAAUCGCAGGGAGCUAACAGUGCUUUAAAUCAGCAAGGACUUAGGCCUCUACCAAAUUUAACUCCUAACUUUAAUUCGAAACAGGUAAUUCCCAGCAAUUCCUAUGGAGCCCCUGCGACAAGUAGUCCAUAUAGAACGAUUGUAAACCAACCGCAAUUAACACAAGACGCCCCAAGUAGUCAAAACAGACUGAACAAUCAGUAUGGAGUCCCAGACGCUAGAAACGUGGAAACCUUGGAACAGCUCAAGCAACUAAAUUUGCUACUUCAGUUAAGUCAGUCGUCGAAUGCCGACCAACAGAGGCAAGCUGAUAUAAAUUUGGCUCAGUUUCAAAAUUCUAAUAGAAAUGUCGGAAUACCUAACCAGCAAUACUUGCCCGUGAGGGAGGCUGCCGAUUUUAGAGGCAAUUUACAACCUCAGAACUCACAACAGAAUAUUGGACCAAAUCAAGGCUACUUACCAGCACAGGAACCAACAAAUUUUAGAAACGGGUUCGAUGUGCCACAAUCCAACAACCAAGACCCACUUGAAGUAAGAAUUCCCAACCCAAACUUACAAAAGCUAUCUCAGCAGUAUUUGCCGGUGAAAGAGGCCUCAAAUUUUGAUAAAGGAGUACAAUUUCCUCAAGCAGUGAUACCACAAAGGCAAAACGUUCAACCAAACAUAAACUACGACCAACCCCUGAAUAAUCCACAGUUGUUUAACAGAGCCGAAAGCUCCCAAAACAAUCAGCCGCAACUGUCGGGUAUAAAUCCUAAUAUAGCGCUAGCUUCUCAGAAUCCCAAUCGGAAUAUAAACAGUUAUGAGGCGCCGCUGCAAAGCAAUGUGGAUAUUCAGCAGUUAAAUGUGAGGCGUUUACAGAAUUCCAACAAUGUUCAAUCUUCGAUAAGACAAAAUGCAGCACGACCAAUACAGCCUGUACAACAAAAUAGAGAAUUUGAUGAUUCCAAUAUCCAAGGGGCAAGCAGAGAACAAGUAGAUGAAAAGUAUUUACCUCCUACGACAACUGCCAGAACGGUACUUCGACCUGAUAGUGGAUCUGCUGUUUUACCUCAAAACAACCCUGAUGAAGAUGAGCAAUCAACCGAAUCGAAAGAGGAAGCAGGUGGUCCAAAUAUCGCCGUCGCCACAGCAGUGUCGGGGGUGCCCGGGGGGCAAAGUUUCUAUUUGUUGCAACCAGAUGGUCGUCUACAAAGAGUAAUAUAUCAGAAGACACGUGCUGAAGGCGAUCGGGAGAAUGAAUACACGGCAAAUUAUCUAUUUCAGAACAUCCAGGCGGAUCCGAGUUUAGUGUAUAGUCCUCUGGUUGCCUUGGGAAAACGAUGAAUUUAAUCAGAAUCAAGCAAAUUACACAGUAUUCCGAAGACUCGAAGCUUGACCAAAAAUUACGCCUAAGAAAUAUGUUUAAAACGGUAGUGUUAAAAACCGUGAAAGAAUGUGCAAAA